AUGGCGUUACUAGGUCGGACCGUGCUCGCGGCGCUGGUGCUGGAGAGGAUGGUGAGAGGAGCGGGGAAGGAGGAGGUGGAGAAGGUGGAGAGGAGCCGGAGCGAACGGACACCAUCUCGGGGAAGGCCGGGCGAGGAGAACCACACCUGCCUUCCCCGGCCGCCGUUCGAUCGCCGGCUCCCCGCGGGCUGCGGCGGCCGCUCCGCCGGGCUGAGAACGGCGAACUCAUCGCACGGGACCCCUCACGGGGGCCGCAGCCGGCGCUCGGGCGGCACCGUCUGCCGCGACCCCCGCGUGGGUUCAACCCCCCGCGUCCGGUGGGUGGGGAGCAGAGGAGGGGGCGCCAGAGCGGAGCACACGUACGGGGAGGUGAACCAGCUGGGCGGCGUGUUCGUGAACGGGCGGCCGCUGCCCAACGCCAUCCGGCUGCGCAUCGUGGAGCUGGCGCAGCUCGGGAUCCGGCCCUGCGACAUCAGCCGCCAGCUCCGCGUGUCCCACGGCUGCGUCAGCAAGAUCCUGGCCCGGUACCACGAGACGGGCUCCAUCCUGCCCGGGGCCAUCGGCGGCAGCAAGCCGCGGGUCACCACCCCCGCCGUGGUCAAGCACAUCCGCGACUACAAGCAGGGCGACCCGGGCAUCUUCGCCUGGGAGAUCCGCGACCGCCUGCUCGCCGACGGCGUGUGCGACAAGUACAACGUGCCCUCGGUCAGCUCCAUCAGCCGCAUCCUGCGCAACAAGAUCGGCGGGCUCGCCCCGCCCGGCCCCCCGCCCGCGCUGCCCUGCGGCCACAUCUACCAGUACCCGUACCCCGGCCCCGCCGCCCCGCCGCCCGCCAAGGCCGCCGGGCACCCGGCCGCGCCCCUCGGGGCACCCCCCGUCGGGCUGCCCCGCUCCUGGCCCUCGGCGCACUCCGUCACCAACAUCCUGGGCAUCCGCACCUUCGUGGAGCAGGCGGGGGCUCUGGCUGGCACAGAAGGGGCUGCCUACCCCCCCAAAAUGGAAGAGUGGCCCAGCGUGAACAGGACGGGCUUCCCCGCCCCGGGCCAGGCGGUCAACGGGCUCGACAAGGCGGCCAUGGAGGGGGACAUCAAAUACCCGCAGCCCGGCCCGGGGCUCUCCUCGAUGGGCACCUUCCUGCCGGCCUGCGCCUACCCCCCCUCCACCCAGCCCGGCGUCUACGGCGGCUCCCCCGGCGGCUACAUCGGCCCGGGCCCCCCCUGGCAGCCGCAGGGGACCCCCCUGGCCCACCACGGCCACGGCGUGACCGUCCACGGCGGCGACCUGCCCGCGGCCAUGGCCUUCAAGCAGCCCGGGAGGGAAGUCGUGGACAGAAAACCCACCAGCCCUGUGGGGAAACCUCCGGACCCUCUAAACACCAUCCAUGGACUCUCUAUCCCAACCUCCUCGUCCUAG